AACAAGAAAGAUAAAAUAAAGUGAUUGACGUUAGAGAAAUCUUCAGAGAAAACAGCGGCGAACUCGAAACGGGCGAAGAUAUUUUAUUUUUUCUUUGUCGCAUUUGAGAGAAAUUGUUUUAGCUACAAAAUCUCUUUGACGGAGCUCGCACGAAAAAAUAACAAGUUUUUCGCAAAGUCAAACAAACCGACCGCAAAAUUAUUUCUACUAAAAUCGAUCUUUAACGAAUCUUUUAUGAACAAAGUGAAAUCGAAAAUGUUUUGUAGAAAAAUAUUAGGAAUCAUUUGGCAAAUAGAAUUUUAUUUAAACGUGAAACUAAAAAAAAAGACUUGAAAUUACAUAUUCGGAUCACAUAUGGAAUUUGUUCUUUGUAGUUGCUUUAUCGCUAUGCUUUCUGCGGCUAAUAAAAUAGAUAUUCAGGGUGUCCCAUGAUUGGUACAAGUGGAAAAGAGGUGAUUUUACAUGAAAAAAUAAGUCAAAAAUGAACAAAAUUUUUUUAAAUACGAACAAGCUUUGUUUUUUAGAAAAAAAUUGUGAUAUUUGUCAGAUACGCAUUUAAUAUGCAUUUAUGAUUAUAAACAUUAAAUAUCGAAAGAAUAAUUCCGAGAUAAUAAACAUAAUAAAACAAGGAAUGUUUAAAAGAAGAUGUAUUCAGUUCCGGGACACCCUGUAUAAUUAAACGUUAGGGAGGAUUCACAUUGGAGUGCGAAAGCAAAAAUCAGAAAUUGGAACGCAAUUUCUGAUUUUUGCUUUUUUGUACCUCCCUUAAAAAAGAAGAAAACGAAAAAAUUUUUUUGUGAUCAUUUGUGCCUUGUCUUGACUGUGUCUGCUUCUCUAACCAGGAGGAUCAAGGAGACUUCAGAGAAGGUUCUUGCCCCCAAACGGCUCAGGAAAAACCCGUGUUUUCCAAUCCAAAGGGAGAAACAGAUGAAGGGAACAGACUUUCUACUUCGAUCUCGAACCCCCAAAAACAGGUUCAGGAGGCUCCAUCAUAAACAUAUUACAAAAAUGACUGAAUGCAUCAAACAGCAGUAUGUGCCUCCAGGUCGUUUGUCACCAAAAUCACCAACAAUAUCUCACAUAUAUGUCGAAGAACAAGAUGAAGUCGAUAAUCCUUCUGCUACAGAAAAAGAACCAUCAAUUUCUCUAGAUUAUCGAUUUGAGUCCACCCGUUUGGCAAGCUACAAAGGAUGGCCGAAAGAAUAUAUGAAGCCGGAAAAACUCGCGGAGGCUGGAUUUUAUUAUACAGGUGUAACAGACAAAGUAAAAUGUUUCGAGUGUCAGAUAGAAAUAUGCGAAUGGCAGGAGGGCGACAAUCCGAUGAUUGAUCAUCAACGAUGGUCUGGUAAAUGCAGAUUCGUUCGUAAUGUUCCGUGCGGCAAUGUGCCGAUCGGUACGGAUCCCAGCACGAUUCCGGCGGAUGUGCCUAAAGGGAUAGACGUAUGUGGGCCCUACGGUUCGAUUUACAUGCCUUACUCCGGACCAGACCACGAAGAUCAAGAGAUAGAAGAAAGAGUGAAUUGUAGAUUGCGUGCCUCAAGACCAAAGCAUCCUGAAUAUGCAAAUUAUGCUAACAGAUUAGCGUCGUAUAACAGAUGGCCUAAAGCGAUGUCGCAAACUAAAGAGGAGCUAGCAGAGGCUGGUUUCUAUUAUACAGGAUACGGUGAUCAAACACUGUGCUAUCACUGCGGUGGAGGAUUAAGGGAUUGGGAGCCAAACGAUAAUCCCUGGGUGGAGCAUGCCAAAUGGUUCGAAAACUGUCCCUAUCUGCUUGUAUCUCAAGGGAGAGAUUUUGUGAGCCAUAUUACUGGGAAAACGUAUCUCGGAACAGACAAUAUGUCAUCCGCAAUUAAUAAAUUGGAUGACAAAUUCGGGAAAGCUGAUAGUGAGAGUAUUGCUAGUGGUUACUCUCAAAACUCAACCAGUUCUGAGGAAUCUAAUUCUAAUAAUACUGAAAGUGCCGUAACAAGUCAAGCCAGCAGCGAGGAACAAUCUGUCCAAACACAGGGUAACAAACCAUGCGACAAGGAUGCAAGAUUAUGCAAAAUUUGCUAUAGUAGAGAAGUACGGAUUGUAUUUAUGCCAUGUGGACACUUACUGGCAUGUGCGGAGUGUGCGAAAAACAUGAAAAUAUGCGGUGUAUGUCGUCAGAAUGUUGAAGAAACUGUACAAGUCUACAUCCCAUAGUGUCUUUGUCUUGUGAUCUUUGGACUCUGCUACAGAAUUUUUUACUUAUCAUUAUUAUUAAAGACUGACAAUUUCAAGCAAAACUAAAUGAUAUGAUAUGUAACAUAUGACUGGUACUCAUGUAACAUAUGACUGGUUAGCAGGUACAACUAUGUAACGUUAAAGUUAAACGCUCUUGUUAAUGGAAAUAUUGACUUAACGGUUGUCGUCAAAAGAAAGAAUAUUCUGUUGUAAUAUUAACAAGUGGUGAAUGUAUUUUGUAAUCGUUGUACAAGUAAUAAAUGUUCCUAUAUUUAUUAUAUUCAAUUAUUAAAAUAUGAAAAUCUAUCUCUUCUGAUUUUUAUAACUCUGUAUUUCGCGUCAUAUUCAAUUAUUAACAUAUGAAAAUUUGUAAUAUGUCACAAUGUGUUUUAUACAUCAACCAACAAUUUUUGCAAUACCGAUUACCGAUAGCCAUAUAUUUAAAUAUAUAACAUAUACAAAUAUAUAGCUAUGUAAUCGGUAUUGCAAAAAUUGUUAGUUGAUGUAUAAAACACAUUGUGGUAUAUCAUAAAUUUUCAUAUUUUAAUAAUUGACAUACAGAAAAUCAUUAAAAUCAAAAGAGAUAGAUUGUACCUGCAAAACAGGAUGUUGCUAUUUGAAUGUUUACAUUGUUCGGCAAUGCAAUGUUUGAUGAAAAAAAAUUUCGUAAAAUAAAGAUUGAGAUAAAGCGCUAUUGAACGAGUACAAAUAGCAACAAUGCAUGAAGUCUAGUCAUUAGACUAUUUUAUAUUUAAUGUUACAAAAGAAAUUACUCGUGUUGAAUAUUUGUAGACUGACUUAUUAACCUUUCUGCUAAUAAAUGAAUGAAAAAAUUCA